ACAAGUAAAAUAAUAUUGGGGCACUGGCACUGCUCUCACUGGAUAAACUCUCUGAUCUUUUGCAGAUUUUUGGCUUCUCUUCCUAUUGGGUUCGCAGUGUUCUUGGUUCAUUUGGCAACCAUCCCCAUCACUGGAACUGGCAUUAACCCAGCCAGGAGUCUUGGGGCUGCUAUCAUCUUCAACAAAGACCACCCAUGGGAUGACCAUUGGAUUUUCUGGGUUGGACCCUUCAUUGGAGCUGCGCUCGCUGCUGUGUACCACCAGAUAGUCAUUAGAGCUAUCCCUUUCAAGGCCAGGGCCUAAUGUUUUAGCAUCAUUUUCUCCCGGUGUUCUCCUUAUCAUCUCUUUAUUGUGUAAAUUUGGUUUUAAUCCCUCCAUGUGAAUCUGGUAUUGGAGUGUUAAUUAUGUGUGUAAAUUAUCUAGUGGUAUUGUACUGUAUUAAGCAUUGUGAUGCCUAUUGAAUGCAGAGAUUCUUUUUAU